GGGUGUCAACUCAGUGCCUGGGUACUACUGUUUUACAACUUCCUACACCGCCAUCUCUUGCUGUCUUGCAGAAGUUUGUGCAAGGGCUUCUGUGAGUCCAUGUGCUUAUUAAAAGCUUAGAGGUCAAGUGAAGAUGUAAAUGAUGCUAGAAAAUGUAUAUCCAAAGGAAAAUACAUGUACUAAAAUAAUACAUUACUUUGAACAGACAUCUAACAGAUUGUAAUAAAAAUAGUUGGUAGCACUUUUCAAUGCUUCUACAUUCUGACACAUUAGAGAAACAUGUCCUUGAAUUUAAAUACAUCUAGUCAUGCAUGUUUCUUUUGAUUUGUGUGUGUGUGUGACAAGGCUUCUUAUAAUCUGUAUGGAAAUGGUUAAAAUUAAUUUAAUGUUGAAAAGUUGAAAGUUUAAUUGUGGUGCUUUAUGACAACAUUAUUGUGAAUAUGUCAAGUUUAAACAAACUAUGACUGAUAAGAUCAACUCUCAUAUGAUAGCGUUAAACAAAUGAGUUCAUCCAUUGAAAAGGUCUGUUGGGACUUGUCAGAUAUAAACUUAGUUUAUUAAAGAUCACAUUAAGUGUCUUCAAGUGGAUUGAAUGUCACACUAGUUUCAUAAGUAUUAUUCAUAUUAAUCACUUUUUUGUUAUCAGCUUAAAGCCAUCUCUUAGUUCACUUAUGGAAUGUGGCUAUCAGUUCUUUGUGGAUUCUUGAACUUUGGGCUCUUUUCUAUUUAGCAGAUCAGUUUUAUUUGACAAAAUUCAACAGACUGUACGCACAAUGCAGUCUAGCCAUCAAUUGUAAGCUUAUUAGUAUAACUCAUUAGUUAAAGAAUGGUUUUUAAACAUGGAGAACUGAGUUUGGAUUCUAAAGAAACUGUUGCUGCUUCAACAAGUAAAGAAAAGUUAGCUCACUACAGGAACCUGGUAGCCUUUUGGUUGUUUGGUUUGUGCAAUAAUUUUGCGUAUGUAGUGAUGCUUAGUGCUGCUCAUGAUAUUCUUAAAGAAGAAGAAACUUCAUUCAGAAAUCUAACAGAGCAAGCCAACAACUUUUCAAGUAGCAAGAAUUUAUCUUCACCUUUAGAUGUACAUUCUGAUGAUUCUAAUAUCACUUACCUGGAGUGUAAUAAGGUCAGCACAGGUGCCAUUUUACUGGCAGACAUCUUGCCUACACUGGCAGUGAAGCUCACCUUUCCUUUCUUCCUGGAAAGAAUUCCUUACAAUGUGAAGAUAACGUUAGUGUCAGCCUUUGCACUUGGGAGUUUCUUGAUGGUCGCACUAGCCCAUGAGAUGUGGUUGAGUAUUUUAGGCGUUGUGUUUGCCAGCAUCAGUGCUGGACUAGGUGAGUUGGCCUUUCUGAGCCUCACCACUUUUUACAACAGGAAUGUUGUUUCUAUGUGGUCUUCUGGAACAGGUGGAGCAGGAAUAUUUGGCUCUCUGGUGUAUGCUGGCUUUACAAGUGCUGGACUCUCACCCAGAAAUUCUUUGCUGAUAAUGGUUACAAUUCCUGUUCUUAUGAUAGUGGCUUAUUUCAUUAUCUUAACACGGCCAGAGUUGAAAGAAGAUAAUGAUAUUGAGAUGAUAAGCAGCAAAGUUAAUGACAAAAUCGACGUAAAAGAGAAAAAAGAUGUAACCUUAAAGAAAAAACUAACUCUGAAAGACAAGUUUAAACUUAUUCCCAACCUGUUGAAAUAUAUGGUUCCUUUGAUUUUAGUAUACUUUGGAGAAUAUUUCAUCAACCAAGGCUUGCAUGAGUUGCUGUACUUUAAUGGACAAUGGCUGUCUAAAAGUGAACAGUACAGAUGGUACCAAGUGGACUACCAAAUUGGUGUGUUCAUCUCAAGGUCAUCUGUUAACCUACUUCACAUAAGGAAACUUUGGAUUCUACCUGUGUUACAGUUUGCCAACAUGAUUUUGUUACUGUGUCAAGUAUUUUACAGAUUUAUUCCCAACAUAUGGAUUGUGUUUGUUAUUGUGCUGUGGGAAGGGCUUCUUGGUGGUGCCGCCUAUGUGAACACUUUCUUUAGAAUCACCAAUGACAUCCCUCCAGAGAACAAAGAAUAUAGUAUAGCCAUUGUUGCCAUGGCUGAUUCUUUUGGGAUAUCAGCAGCUGGGGCAGCAGCGAUUCCAUCCCACAAUGCAAUUUGUGGCUUGAAACUUACUAUGUAGUUUAUUGUUUGGAUUUAUAAACCAAGGUUGUUGUUUUUUUUACAAACAAAACAAUAAACAAAAUGACAUCUAAACCAACAAUAAAACUCAUAGAAGACCUGG